GUUUUUUUAUUCUCCAGCAGUACCACUACUUGCGCCCUUGCACUUUACCCUUCCCUCACCUCUGGCAGCUGCUUCGAGCUCGAUAGCUGAACAAGUAAAGCAGCAGCAGGAGCAGCUAGAUAGUAAGAUAGUGAUCCUCCAUGGGCAACACCUGCGGCUUUGGCCAAAUCCUUGGCCUCCGUAGUGGCCUCUGCGCCGACGUCGACGUCGCCGAUCUGAUGCAGGCUGCUGGUUCAAACAUUGGACACCUGAGGAGCAGUGGGGUACUUGCCAACAGAGUGGUGGGUUCUCAGUAUCAAUUCAACACCGAGGACAUUGACGAGUCGUCUGCCGAGGAGCUGCGCGACGCCAAGAGCUAUGCGAAGGACAACGCAAUGCUGAUCCAGGUGCAGGUUUCAGGAACAGCAACGAAGACAUUCUGGCGAUUAUCUGACGAAGCCACAAGGAUCAGUAGAAAACUUGCACUGAUACUGGGGAACCACCACUCAGCCUGCAAGUGCCUCAGUGAUCCUCUGCAGGUGUCCAACGUCUGGGUUGGGAGCACUGGGAAUGUCAAGCUAAGGGGGGCAAAAUUCACUGACAAAGGCUUCAGCAUAGAGCGUGUGAGAGAUGACUACAAGAACCUGUCCAUGGUGCUCAAGCAGCUGAUUAGCAUCUCGGGUGGGGAUAUCAACAAAUUGCCUCCGGAUUACAACAACUUCCUCUUGCUCUUGACGAAGGACAACCUUACAGAGAAGGAUGAAUUCUUGAUUGUAUACAAUGCUGCUCUGCUGCCCUUGAAAAACCGCACUGAGGUCUUCCUGAUGCUACACGAUAGAAUUGUCAAUUAUCUUGGUCAGAAAAACCGUGCAAAGAAGAACAGAAUACUGCACAAUCUCCCCUACAAGAACGACUGGUUGGAUACUGCCACGGCAAAUGCAAAGAUCAACCAGUGGGUUGUAAAAUCAGAUGUUCAGAAAAAGGAGUACAAAAGGACUGCACUUGAUCUACUGCGUCUCAACAGAAAUGUAAGAAGCCACAUGCAUGACUACGGCCACGACGACGAUGUCGAGGAAAUCCUGUAUUGUGAAUGGCCCAUGCUGCUCAUCGCCAUGGAGAAACAAUUACACUUGGAAGGUGAACUAAAAGUCACUGACAUCGAAAACAAGUUUGGCUAGCCGUCCUACUGCAAAACAGAUGAAAGAUGUAUUCUGAAUUUCCUGGGGUUGGUAAUGGUAAGCUAUUGGUCUUCGAUCUUCAGUGAGAGUUUAUAGUGAUGGAGUGAUAUGCUACCACCUGGUUUAUGUAAUAGGCUAGUUGCUUUCUUUGGUCCCGUCAACUCUGAAGGCAAAGCUGGUCAGCUUUAUAAAAUGUGCUGUAAGCCUGUAAUUAAAACAUCGCCUUAUAAAACUCUAAAAUUAUGCUGUAAAAUUGACUUGUCGUUGAGUUUGCACUCAUCCUUUAA